CCAGAGCGCCACAGCCCCGCCUUCCGGCCCCGGAAGGAUCUCCGGGCGCCCCGUCAGCCGCCCCUGCUGCUCAUGCGCAGCGGGCGGGGCCGGCGGGGCAGGAGCCGCCAUGGUUUACAUCUCCAAUGGACAAGUUUUGGAUAACCGGAGUCGGGCUCCUUGGAGUCUGUCAUCUAUAACAGAUUUCUUCUGGUCCAUAGCAGAUUUUGUGGUUCUGUUUUUCCAGAGCAUUAUUCAACCCGAUUUGAGAAGAAGAGGUUAUACAUCUUCCUCCUAUUCAGGAUACAAUGACAGAAGAGGGCCUCCAGCAAAUCCUCGCCGUAGGAUGGGUCGAAUAAAUCACUGGGGUGGAGGCCCCAAUCCACCACCAAUGGCUGGGGGUGGAUGAGGAAGGUAAACGCCUGCUGAAGAGGCAGGCACAAGUGUACACAUUUGCAAGAUGAAAGGAAGAAGAGUUUAGUGGUGGACCAAAUGAGUUUGAAUAUUGUGAAUGUGUACAUCUGACUGGAAACUGUUCUGUGAUAUAAGCAGAUUAAUGAAGUUGUACUGGGAACUCCUUCUUCAAGGAUCCAGUGUAACUGAACCACAGUUUUAUUAAAUACGUGUUUACUGUCUAAAGUCUUUGUACAGUUUCUGAAUAAGUAAUAAGUAAAUUAUAUUUGGCUUGUCACAA